AUGGGGGAUCUACUAGAACACUUUCGGGACGUUAUGUCGUUUCAGCAACACGGAAGAACAGGUGAAAGAGUAGUUAGUGCAUCAUCGUUGGAGAAUAACCCUGUACAAUCGUCUACGUUCAGUUUCAAAACAUCUCCCUUCGCUCAACAUUCAGUUGACAACAAUAACAAUAAUAUUGAUAGUAAGAACAACAAAAACAACGAUGACGAUGACGAUGCUAUUACGGAGGAUGAUCAAACGGAGUUGAUAAGACUCCUGAAUGAGGUCACACACACUGUUUGUCAAAGGGACGAGACGGAAACAACAGAAAUUCAACAUAGUGGGGGAUUUGUCGUGGAGGAGUCGUACGGCCCUUUGCAAAGUGUAAGUCACGCACCGCCAUUGUACGCGGCGUCCACACCAUCACAGCCGCAGGUGCACGGUGGGAGUCCAUUCAGUUACGCCGGCAUUCCACACGUGGCCAAGCCCCCGCCCCCGUCCUUCGCAGAGGCCAUUGCGGCAACACCGCCAAUUGCUGCAGUGCCGGUGGAGUUAUCACCACUCGCAGCACAUUACGUGCCGCCGAUGCCCGCAGCGCAGCAGGAUCCAAUCCUUCUCCGCAACGAACACGGUGUAUUUCUCCUGCAGCCCAUCGCGAAGCCCACACCACCGUACACCCCACCAAGUCUUUCCUCGCCCAUUUCACCACUUCCACGCUACGCCCUCCCACCGGCCGCACCACCGCAGCAGCCACAACACUUUCUUGGGAGUUCCCUCGCACAAGCAGGCGGACUCGCAGAUACGCAUCUAAACAAGAAAUCCAGCGGAGGUCUGUACGGCGCCCAGCACUCACCGAAUACACUUUUGGGUGGAAGUCAUGUGUUGAGCAGCGGCGCCGGCGGCGGGGGCGGAAGCAGCGGCAGCGGGGCCUACACAUACAUCAGCACCUCCGUGAAGACGAAGCCUCUCGGGUUCACACCACCACCUCCAUACCCAACAUGA